AUGUCCAUGGAGAGUCAGCCAUCUGUGGAUACGGACAGACUGUACCCUGUGAACGGACAGACUGUACCCAGUGCAAGACAGACAGACAGACAGACAGACCGUAUACAGAGAGAGACAGGGUCAGCACCUAUUACAGGACAGACAGACCGUAUACAGAGAGAGACAGGGUCAGCACCUAUUACAGGACAGACAGACCGUAUACAGAGUGGAGUGGGAGUGCGGUAUGGGAGUAUUAGUGACUGUGUGGAGGAUAACCCCGAAGGAUACCCCAUUCUACUGCAGGUACCAUCAGAGGCUCUACACACACGGUCACAACUAGAGAAAUAUUUCCAAAGCAAGAAAUCUGGAGGGGGAGAAUGUGGGGUGAAAUCAGUGAAUUCGGGCAUUUACAUCGUGAUCUUUAAAUACAAAGAGGAUAAGGAGAAUGUACUACGUAGAGGAAAUCAUUUAAUUCCCAUCAGGGACGGCUCCCUAAAUGUUACGGUUGUCAAUAAAAGCAAUGUACAAGUAACCGAUGAAAUGGAACAAGAAGCAAGAAACACAGUCAAACAAUCCACUAUGAAAGAGUCACAAAACAAAACACUGAGUGAUACACAAUACAAAACACAGAGUGAUACAAAAUACAAAACACUGAGUGAUACACAAUACAACACACAGAGUGAUACAAAAUACAAAACACUGAGUGAUUCACAAAACAAAACACAGAGUGAUACACAAUACAAAACACAGAAUGAUACAAAAUACAACACACAGAGUGAUAUACAAAACAAAACACUGAGUGAUUCACAAUACAACACACAGAGUGGUAUACAAAACAAAACACUGAGUGAUACACAAUACAAAAUGGAGGUAGAGUCGCAGUACACAAUGGAAAGUGAUCUGAAUAAUGGAGACACAACCCACAAGGCUUCCACCAAAGACCACGGAGAAGCCUCAGCACGUGCCCCCUGGCAGAGCAGCUCCAAAGAGUUUUUCACUAGUGUGUCAGCAGAAUUGGACACGAGUUUGGUCAGCCAGGAGCAGAUACACAAAGCUCUCGCCGAGUGUCCAUCACUCCGGAUCACCAAUCAAUCUCCUGGGAAAAUCACAGUGACUGGAUCUUACAUCGACAUGGAAAAAUGUUACAACUAUUUACAAGAACAAAUAGGAGGCAGAGAAAAUAGCCCUCCACGGCGACAGGGAGAGACUAUGUUUCUUUCAACACAGCUAUAUGAAUAUUUCAGAGUCAUUUACUCCGAAGAAAUAGAACGAAUAAAACAUGUGUGUAAAGUGGACUUUAAACACAAGCAUGAACCGAAUAAUAAUACCAGUUUAAUCUUUGAGCCCCGAGGUUCGGAUUCCGAUACUGAGAAAGCCAAGCAGCAGUUUACUGAUAUAAUUCAAAAGAUAACAUCUGAUUGGGCUCAAAAGGAAGUAAAUCUCUCACCCCAAAGAAUCCCCGGUGUAAAAGAUAUUGAACGGUGUGUCAGGGAACAUUUCAGUAAAACGUUUGUGAUUGUAGAUGAAAAAAAAGUGGUCUUACGUGGCCCAGAAAAGGAAAUUUUAGAUGCGAAGAGAUUCGUUGAAGAAGGCCAUAUUAAUUCCACCCUGUCUCCAAGAUCCAUGACGAUCUUACACAAUGACACUGCAGCUAAUCUGAAAGUAAAUGCCAGGCAUCUAAAUAUCAUAAAAAAGCUGAAACAUAGAGAAAUUCAAGAAAUUAAGGAGAAAUAUAAUGUAAGGAUAGAAGAGAGCCCUGUAGGUGCUGAUAUCCAAUUGAAAUUCAGAACAGUGAAUGGACUUCCUGACCUUGGACCUCAUGCUUCCCAGAUGUUCCUGAGUUUAUUGCAGAGGACAAUCACUAACACCACAAGGAAGGACAUCAGUGUGACACCUGGCAUGGAAGACAGACAUUCUAGUGUGUUUGCUAAAAGUCUUCAGCCAGAAAAACCCGGAAUAACUAAUAAAAACGAUGGGCAAAUUGCCAGCCAGGUAUCAGUCACUGGAAAUGCUGUCAAUCCCUCACUAAAGCCUGAUGGCGGCCGCGCAAGAGCUGAUAACUCAGCAAACUUGAAGGAACCUAUGGAUACCAGCGAGUCCUCAGCCUCUGCUACUAAUAAGGACUCAGAUUCCAAGGAUGACACAUGCCCUAUAUGUCUAGAUACAUUCACUGACAAAGAAAUACUGGAAAAAUGCAAACAUGCGUUCUGCAAGACGUGUCUGCAACAAAGCAUGGCGCAUAAACCCGUCUGCCCAAUCUGCAACGUUUCGUAUGGGGUCAUUAUCGGGAGCCAGCCGAAGGGCACGAUGACACAUAAUGUAAUAUAUCUUAAACUGCCUGGAUUCACCUGCCAAACCAUCCAAAUUAAUUAUUCUUUCAACAACGGCAUCCAGGGGAUGGACCAUCCAAAUCCUGGUAAACCUUAUCACGGCACUCACCGUACGGCUUACUUACCGGACACUAAGGACGGACAAGAGAUUCUCCAGCUUCUCAAAAGGGCCUUCGAUCAAAGAUUAGUCUUUACUAUUGGAGAUUCUCGUACAACUGGAGCCAAAGACUGUGUGACAUGGAAUGAUAUCCAUCAUAAGACCAGCACUCAUGGAGGGCCGUCCCAUUUCGGGUAUCCAGAUCCCGAUUAUCUGAAUCGCGUCCGAGAUGAGCUGAAAGCUAAAGGAAUUGAGUGAUUUCCCAAGUUGUGCCUUUAU